AUAACAAUGGACAGCGACCAAUGACAAGAUGCCUUGUUGCUCUGGAAAUGCAUUCUUUGAGCAGUAAUGGCAUUCUGGAAUUCAAAGAACAACCCUCACUUACUGAGCUUGCUAAUCUGGUAGAACAGUGUAAAUGGUCUGAGCCAUUGGUUGAGUUACAAGUUUGGGUUCGUCUCUCAGAAAUGGCGUACAAGACCUGCAAUCAUCAACUCGUCUUAAAAUCUACUAGCAUGGCGCUUAGAUUUGAUGAUAAUAUGUAUGCUAGCAAAGUCAAGAAGUUAGAUAAGCACAAGUACACAGUUUGGCAAGAAAUGCUGAGCUUUGCGAGCUGCGUCCUUGGCAAGAGUCUUAUCAACAAUAUGCACGGGAAGAAUGUCAUACGAAGGUCUGCCCUGGAAGCAUUUCUUAAUGCGACUAGGUACGGACGACGUGCAGAUAACUACAUGCAGGUAAUAAGUUCAGCAAGAUAUUACUGGAACACUUGCUUACCAUUGGUUUGUGAAUUUAUUGAAAGGCAGCUUUUGAUGGAGCCACUGAACAUAAUAUUAGACUGCAUCACUGCCACCUACUGCAAUCAAGCUGGAAAAGGGUAACUUUUGAACUGAUGCAUGUUGGCCUUCUCAACAUUAGUCAACCAUGCUUAGCUGAUUAAAAGAAGAUAGUGCCAAUGGUGUAUCACCAUCCACAGCAAAAUAUAAUUAAAUCUCCUGGGAUUUUGAGCUGAGAGGUUGCAUUCACUGUGAAUUUAGAAUCGGGAUCAAAUUGAAAGAGACUGAAAUUUCUA